AUGGCAACCAUAUUGACAUCUCUCAACACCCAACUUGAGGACGUGCUUCGCUCACUCAAGUCCGAGGCUGUGAGUCAGGAAUUGCAAACAGGGCUGCAUAAUCAUGCCAAGAGCGCAUUGCCGGACCCAGAGUUGAAGAAGUUGGCGAAUAGGUCCAUCGACUUGCUACAUGAGGUUGAGAAAUUGCUUGAGCCAGGAUACUUGGUACUUGCAGAUCAUUUCUUGGGCUAUGUACAUGCAAAAUGUCUUGUAUCAGUGGUCGAAUUGAAAAUAGCCGACCAUCUUGAAAAGUCGGGACCGAUGAAGAUUGAAUCUCUUGCGAAGGCGUGCUCAGCGCGUGCCGACCGCCUCGCUCAGGUGCUUCGUGUCCUUAUCAGCAACGGCAUAUUUGCAUAUGACAAGACGAGCAAAACAUACACGAACAACGCCACGUCGAGACUUUUGCUUUCGGACCAUUGGACACAAUGGCAUCACUGGGCCACAUUGUAUGGAACACAAUUUUAUGACAUAGCGCGCGGAAUUCCGUCGUCGCUGCGCCAAGACGCGGUUCGGUCGGCUGCUCAGAUCAACUACAACACUGAUGUCGGCAUGUUUGAAUACUUCCGCAGCCAGGGAUGGGUUCCACAGCUGCACGCGACACUAGGAGCAGGUGCGGCAGCCCAAGCACCGGGCAUUCUAGCCGACUAUCCAUGGAGCGAGAUUGAGAAUGAGACGAUUAUUGACAUUGGAGGUGGGGGUGGCGGCUUCAUUGCCAUGCUCUUGCGUGCGCACAAGUCUCUCAAGGGAGGCAUUUUCGAUCUCCCACACGUCAUCGAGUAUGUAAAGCCGCUAUUCCAUUCGGCUGAGGGCCAAUUUGCAGAUGUAGCUGCGCAGGUGCCUGCUGAGAACCUCAUUGGUGGCGAUUUUUUUGAGAGCAUCCCACCUUCCAAGGUAUAUACGAUGAAGUGGACGCUACAUGAUUGGCGCGAUGAAGAUGCAAAACGCAUUCUACGCAACAUCGAAAAGGCCAUUGUGCCAGGUGAGAAUAGCAAACUGAUCAUCUUGGAGGAGAUGCUGGACACGACAAGGAGUGCAAGGUUGUCCCGCUACGGUGACAUGAACAUGAUGAUGACAGCAGAUGGUGUGGAGCGGACCAGGGACGAGUGGAUUGCGUUGGCGGAUAGUGCUGGGUGGACCAUUACCAAGAUCUACCCACUGAGGAACGCGUGGCAUUGUGCAUUUGACCUUGUUCCCAAACAAUAUUGGACGGGGUAA